UUUAACUGACGUGUAUCGUAUUUAUUACAAUAACUAAUUAUACCUAAUCAGUUCUUACGUGUAACAUAAACCGCAGACUAAGGGAGUUGUAGUAAUUAGAAUAAUUAUUUUGAAGGACUUCAAAGUGGAUCUCGCCCUAUUGAAAUCAUGCGGUUUUUUUAUAAUAGUCUUAUUCCAACCAUUUCUGUAUUGUUACUUUGGAGAUAUGGUUACUAGAGAGGUUGAGAAUGUAAAAAUGGCUUUAUACGAAAGUGAUUGGAUCGGUAGUCGAUUAAGAUAUCAGCGGCUUAUGCUCCUUACGUUAACACGAUUGAACCGACCCUUACUCUUCACCUGUGGAAAACUAAUGCCACUGAGCAAAUCUACCUUUAUUUCAAUUGUUAAGACGGCGUAUUCUGCAUUCAACUUACUAAAGCGUUCAAAUCAUUAUUAAAAUUAUGGUUCAGGUUCAGGAACAUUUAAGCACAUGGAUAUAUAAGCUAUUUAUAUGUAUAUCUGUAUAGGAAAUACGUUGCUUCGAUGUUUUAUUAGCCCAUAUUA